UAUUCGUACACUGUUUUUUGUUCUUGUUACCCAAACUUCCUGGGCAGGGACUCCCAGGCCAAGUGGGCGGGAAGAAGGGUCCUUAAAUGUGUCCCUUCUAGGCUGCUCAUUCCAGAAGCUCAAGCCACUGGGAAAGGCUGUGUCAAAGGCACCAUGAGCAAAAUCAGCGAGGUCGUGCAGCGGGCCAGAGCCGCGUUCAACUCGGGCAAGACCCGCCCGCUGCAGUUCCGGAUCCAGCAGCUGGAGGCGGUGCGGCGCAUGAUCAAGGAGCGUGAGAAGGACAUCGUGGGCGCGCUGACCGCCGACCUCCACAAGAAUGAAUGGAAUGCCUACUACGAGGAGGUGGUGUAUGUCCUGGAAGAGAUCGAGUACAUGAUAAAGAAGCUCCCCGAGUGGGCUGUGGACGAGCCCGUGGAGAAGACUUCCCAGACCCAGCAGGACGAGUGUUACAUCCACUCGGAGCCCCUGGGCGUGGUCCUCAUCAUCGGCACCUGGAACUACCCCUUCACCGUCACCAUCCAGCCCAUGGUGGGCGCCAUUGCUGCAGGGAACGCAGUGGUCAUCAAGCCCUCGGAGCUGAGUGAGAACAUGGCCAACCUGCUGGCCACCAUGAUCCCUCAGUACCUGGACAGGGACCUGUACCCGGUGAUCGAUGGGGGCAUUCCCGAGACCACAGAGGUGCUCAAGGAGAGGUUUGACCACAUCCUGUACACCGGGAACACCGCCGUGGGGAAGAUCAUCAUGACGGCCGCAGCCAAGCACUUGACCCCCGUCACGCUGGGGCUGGGGGGAAAGAACCCCUGCUAUGUUGACAAGGACUGCGAUCUGGACAUUGCCUGCAGACGCAUCGCCUGGGGGAAAUUCAUGAACAGCGGCCAGACCUGUGUGGCCCCCGACUACAUCCUCUGUGACCCCUCCAUCCAGAACCACAUUGUGGAGAAGCUCAAGAAGUCCCUGAAAGACUUCUAUGGGGAGGAUGCCAAGAAGUCCCGUGACUAUGGAAGGAUGAUUAACUCCCAGCAUUUCCAGAGGGUGAUGGGCCUGAUGGAGGGCCAGAAAGUCGCCUACGGAGGCACUGGGGACGCGGCCACCCGAUACAUAGCCCCCACCAUCCUCAUAGACGUGGACCCCCAGUCCCAGGUGAUGCAGGAGGAGAUCUUUGGGCCCGUGAUGCCCAUUGUGUGUGUGCGCAGCCUGGAGGAGGCCAUCCAGUUCAUCAGCCAACGCGAGAAGCCCCUGGCUCUCUACGUGUUCUCUCUAAACGACAAGGUGAUUAAGAAGAUGAUUGCAGAGACAUCGAGCGGUGGGGUGACAGCCAAUGACGUUGUGGUCCACACCUCUGUGCACUCCCUGCCUUACGGGGGUGUGGGGAACAGUGGCAUGGGCUCCUACCAUGGCAAGAAGAGCUUUGAGACCUUCUCCCACCGCCGCUCCUGCCUGGUGAGGCCUCUGCUGAAUGAUGAGUCCCUCAAAGCCAGAUACCCCCCGAGCCUGGCCAAGAUGACCCGUCACUGAAGUGGACCUGGCCUCCCCGUGCUGCACCCCUGCCUCUCUGUCCAGCCCUAGGAGGAUUGCUCCUGGAGCCCCCCUCUUGCUCCUCUGUGGAUCAUUGCAUGCCCCCACUCCCAUCUGGGCCCUGGGCUUCCCUUCCCCAAGUCCCCGCUGCCCCUUGCUGGACAUAGACCAAUAAAAGUUCACCAGCC